UUCAUCAAUUGUGCGAUCAAGGGAAGUAAAUGUUACAAAUUCUUUUUGGGAUUGGAAUUGGAAAUGGGAAAAAAAAAAGCAAAGAUGAAGAAGAAGACGAAAGGAGGGAAGGCGAUGAACCCUACCGAUGUCUUCCGCAAAGAGCAACGACAGAAAGAACUAUUCCGUAACAAGUUAGUGAGAUAUAAAGUAAGAGAGGUGGGAAUUUUGAAGAAGGAUCCUGAACAAAUCAAGGAACAGAUCAGGAAACUCGAUAUGUCAAAGGCUGAAGGUGCGUUGGACAAAGCAAGAAAACAUAAAAAGAGACAACUUGAAGAUACAUUGCAGAUGGUUGUGAAGAAGAGGAAGGAACAUGAGGAUAAAAUGAAGGAGCAGGGGAAGCCUACAACUUCUGUUAUGUUUAGCCACCUACCCCAACAACGAAGAACUGGCGAGGAGGAUGCAAGAUCAAGGAACCUAACACCACAAGAUUCUGUUUAUUAUCAUCCUACAUUGAACCCGACUGGUGCCCCUCCCCCUGGAAAGCCACCCAUGUAUAAAUCCUCAAUAGGACCUGGAAUCCCCAUAGAUGGUGUUUCCUCUAUCGGUGCUGCAUCAUUUUCAAAUAUUGAGUUAGAAGAUGCUGUAAUGACUUCUCCCCCGCCUCCACCUCUCCUAAUAGAUGGCAGUAGCCCAGGCUCUACUUUGCCUAUUCCACCUCCACCUCCACCUCUCCUAAUAGAUGGCAGUAGCCCAGGCUCUACUUUGCCUAUUCCACCUCCACCUCCACCUCCAUUGCCUCCAAACCCUCCUGUCCCAACUACUGGACUUGCUUUUCCACCACCGCCCCCUGGUCCCCCACCAAAUGAGCGGGUUUCGGUUCGUCCUCCUCUUCCGCCACCUCCUCCCCUUCCUCAAUCUUCCCAACUACCUCCACCUGGCCUUAGUGGAAGUGAAACUGAUAGCAAUAUCCUUCCCUCAUCAGAUCAAACCUUCAGCGACCAUAAGGUCUCUACUGUGACUUUUAUCCCUCCUCCUCCGCCUGGGCUUCCCCCGAAACCUGUAAGCAAUGGAUCUGAUGGUGGUCCAUUAAAUUCUGAUACUACUAGUAGCAAUCUUCAAGAUGCUAACUUCUCAACAAUGGUUACACCACCACUCUUACCUCAACAGCACCAACCAGCUUUACUCUCUAAUUUACAGCCUGAUCUUCUGCAUCCAGGGAUAUUACACUUUCCACCGCUGCCUCCAGAUAUGCGCCCCCUUCCUGGACCCGCUCCUCAUGGAAUGUUGGGUCAUCUAGGAGUCCCAAGGCUGCCUUAUGCUCGACCACCUCCUAUGAUGAGACCGCCACUUCCUCGAGGACCACCACCUAAUUUUCAAGAUGGACAUGCAAUGAGUAGGCCAUAUGUGCCACAAAAACCAUCUUAUGUAAAAGCUGCUGCUCCUACGGUUGUCAAGAGACCACUUGCUCAGCACACACCUGAGCUUACAUCCAUGGUCCCUGCAUCAGUUCGGGUCAAAAGAGAGUCAGUAGCUACAACCAAACCAAAGCCAAACACUUCGACAGUGAGCACCCUGGGAUUUACACCAAGGACUAUUACAACUUAUGCUGCCCCGGUAAAGCCAGCGUCGGCCACCAACACAUCAGCACCGUCAAAGCCACAGAGCAUCGACCAGUCUUAUUCCGCUUUCUUGGAGGAUAUGAAAGCUCUAGGAGCACUUGAUAGCUAGAAUAGAAACUAUAAGACUGCAUAAGGAGAUGAAGCAAUUUCUUUAUGGAUCAGAUUAUUAAAACAUUUCAGUAGUUAAAAAUGAAACUAGACGACCUCAAGGAUUGUAGAUUCCACAGGAGAAGUGAAGAUUGUUUAUCUUCUUGACCUUUUGUAUUCAUUUCACCAACUCUCAAGAGUUUGCCUCUCCUGAUAUAUACAGCAACUCUAAACAGCUUGCCUCUUAAAAGAUAGUUUUGAAGUAAAAGCUAAAACAUUUUGAGAA